UCCGGCGGUCAAAUUGCGAUGGCCGUAUGCGCAUGUUUAUGCGCGCCCACUGUUUGUCUGUAGUCUCGAGACGAGACGAAUAGAUUUGUUGCCGCGCUUCACGGUGACGUGAAAAGCGAGUUUACUCCACAUAGCUCAUGAAGUGGCUGUCGCGGCGUGCCCCUGCAACAGAAAAUAGGAAGGCCAAAGUGGUACAGGUGUUCCCUGGGAGGGCCGCUGACGGCAAAAUGUAAUUGGCGAGUGCAGUUCUUUACCACCCUGCUACUCCCAAGCGCAAUCCCCUGACAAACCUCUACCCCGUGUGUGCAUUAUUCCGUAGUUGAAAAAAAAAAAAAAUGUCUGAGACUCGCUUCUGCAUCGAGUACGCUAAACGUGGCACCGCGGGUUGCAAGAAGUGCAAGCAAAAGAUCGAAAAGCAAGCGCUGCGCAUCGGCAAGAUCGUACCUAACCCGUUCUCCGAUAGCGGCGGCGAAAUGAAGCAGUGGUUUCACGUGGAGUGCAUCUUCGAGCAGCUGUCGCGGUCCCGCGCGACCACAAAGAAGAUAGAAGACGCCGGAGACCUUGAAGGUUGGAGCGAGAUCGAACCGGACGAUCGCAAGCUAGUCCUGAAGCACAUUAACGAACUGUCUGAAAAAAAUGGAGUCGCCGUAAGCCCUGGUAAGCGAAAGGCAAACGAUUCCGACGGUGGUACGCCUUCUAAAAAGAAGAAAGUGCUGACGACUUCGACGUCUCAGGGAUCAGAUGACACGGGGGAAGAGCUAGACCUGGGAGACCUGGAGGCGUCGCCCGAGCGGACUUCGAAGACCAGCAAGGACGACGCCUUCAAGGAGUUCCGCAAGCUGUGCGCUGCCAUCGCCGAGGAGUCGACCUACACUGGCAAGACCGCCAUAGUGGCGAGGUUCUUCAAAGAGGGUUGUACCCGCAAGGGUUUCACGGGCGACCUCUACCUCUGGGUCAAGUUCCUCCUUCCCAUGGUGAACAAGCGGGUGUACAACCUUCAGAGCAAACAGCUCGUCAAGGUCUUCAGCCGCAUCUUUGGCAACGGUUGCCACGAAGAAAUGAUCGAGGACCUCGAACAGGGUGACGUGGCGCACACGGUUGGCACCUUCUUCGAGAAGUACGGCACUCCGGCUAGCAAGAGCAUGCUCACCAUGCAGGACGUGGACGCCUACCUGGAACGUCUCUCGAAACUCACCCGAGAAGACGACCAGACGCAGCUCCUGAGGCACCUGAGCGCCCGCUGCACGGUCAACGACCUGGUCAUGAUCGUUAGGCUCAUCAAGCAUGACAUACGCAUCAACUCUGGUCCGAAACAUAUCUUGGAGGCCCUCCACCCCGACGCGUAUCAGGCCUUCCAGGCAUCCCGAAACCUGGAGGACGUUGUGAGGACCUCGAAAGAAGGCAACGUCAGUGUCUCGGCCAGCCUGAUGACCCCAAUGAUACCGAUGCUAGCGGAACCCUGCGGUUCGGUGGAUGAUGCGUUCAUUAAGUGUCCCAACGGCAUGUAUGCCGAGAUCAAGUACGAUGGCGAGCGUGUACAGCUACACAAGAAGGGCUCUGAGUUCUUGUUCUUCAGCAGAAGCUUGAAGCCAGUGUCUGCGCAUAAGGUUCAGCACCUGAAAGACUUCAUACCUAAGGCUUUCAAGCACGGCCACGACUUGGUCCUUGACAGCGAAAUCCUCAUGGUCGACACACACACGCAAAAGCCGCUGCCCUUUGGAACACUGGGCAUCCACAAGCGAGCAGCCUUCAAGGACGCGUCCGUGUGCCUUUUUGUCUUUGACUGCCUCCACUACAACGGCAAGAGCCUGCUGGAUCGGACACUGCGUGAGCGCCGGGAGAUCCUCCAGGCCAACAUGUCGCCCAUCAGGAACCACAUUGUGUUCAGUGAGCAGCAUGUGAUCACGACGCGUGAGAAGCUGCGAGACCUCAUCAACGACGUUCUUUCUCAGGGCCUUGAAGGUCUUGUGCUCAAAAACCCCGAUGGCGUUUAUGAACCAGGAAAGCGACAUUGGCUCAAGGUUAAGAAGGACUACCUUGAGGGUGGAAGCAUGGCAGAUUCAGCAGACCUUGCAGUGCUUGGAGCAUACUUUGGUACUGGAAGCAACGGUGGCAUCAUGUCUAUCUUUCUGAUGGGCUGCUGGAAUCCGGCAACCGGCCGCUGGUGUACCGUCACCAAAGUCCACGGUGGCCACGAUGACAAGACACUCGAGCGACUUCAGACGGAACUGGAAAUGAAGAAGAUAUCACGGCAGAUGGAGCGUGUGCCUGCGUGGCUUGAUGUCGAGAAGGUGCUGGUGCCAGACUUUGUCGCCAAGGACCCGGACUUGACACAGGUUUGGGAGAUAGCCGGUGCCGAGUUCACUCGAGCCGAGGUGCACACCGCGGAUGGUAUCUCGAUCCGCUUCCCGCGGGUCACACGCAUUCGGACGGAUAAGACUCCAAAGGAGGCAACGACACUACCGGAGCUGCGGAAGAUGUUCCAGAACUCUAGGGCAAAGCCCUUCGACCUGGACCUUGGCGAAGAUGAAGGCAGCAUCGGAAACGCUUCGUUCGCCUCGACAGACAAGUCGUCUUCGUCAGAGAAGCCCGCUUCGCCGUGGAAAAACAAGUCUUCAAAACGAUCUGACUCUCCCAAGCAGACCCCCUCAUUGGUUUUGAAACGAGAGCCUGAAGGCAGCGUCACGAACGCUUUGUUUUCCCCUACAGACAGGUCCGCUUCGGCCAGGAAAAACAUUUUUUCGAAAAAAUUUGAUUCUUCAAAGCAGACACCAUCAUUGGUUUUCAAGCGAGAGCCUACACCUGUUAACGAGCGUCAACAAGAAGGAGCACUAAAGAAUAUUGUCAAAGCCGAAGCAUCUGCAGAAAAGAACAAGAUUUGCGACUUUCCCGACGUCUUCACAGGUGUACGAAUGUGUCUUCCUCCAAGCAGGCUGCUAAGAAGGUACUUCGUUGCAUACAAUGACUCCACUGGCAAUAGCGGUUUGGCGGGCCUGACCCAGGGUCUCAAGCUGGCUUCCCAGGGUCUGUUCAGCGAGUCGUGCCUCUCACGACCACGUCUGUAUUGGAACUGUAAACCAGAAAAAAGAAUCCCGACAAAAGCCAUGGGCGACGCCGAAGAGGAUAAGCUGAGGCAGGUGAGCGUUUUUUUCAGGACCAAGUUCCAGAGUUGUUUCAAGAACUUCUACACUGCUGAAAAAGAUGUCCCUUCAGAUUUUGUGUACUCUAGUGAGCAUAAAGAAGCCAUUGUUCUCAUUUCAUAACCAUUGAGUCAUGAUGACCCAAUUUAAAGGGACACUAAAGGCAACUAUAAAGUCGACGUUUAGUGUUGAAAUAGUGGUCCAGAAACCCCGCAGUGUUACUUUUGUGGCAAGGAAGGGCCUAUUUUCAAAUAAAAUCACGUUUUAGUGGCCCGCAUUGGGUUAGCCAACUUCAAGUUACUCACCUCAAGAACCAAUCCAACUCACGUCACUGCUGUGCACAAUGUUGCUCGGCUUUACUGUGUGGUCGCUGACAUUGGUAGACAGAACGAAAGCAGCGAGAGCUGCAGCAACGGCCAUUGAUCAAUUUCCUGUCAUAAGCUCUGAAACUGCAGACGUGUUUUGGCUCAACUGGGCCCCACUAGAUGGCACGACAUGUCCACUGUUACCAUGUUAAAAU